GUUGGCCGUCAAUUGGUUAUUUAUUAUAUACCUACAUCCUGAGAAGUUAAUAAAAUUCGCAAUUAUCAGUUAAGCUUAUGCUUAUGUUCAGCAAUAAUUAAGAUAACAAAAUAAUCUUAAAAUUAUUGUUAACGUUGAAUGAUAUUAAACAUAAUAACAAUUUAGUUCUUAAAAUAGUCCAUAAUAUAUCAGUUCACAACUACUAAGUAAAAAUUUUCUCUUAAUUGUUUCACAAUGUUCUCGACUCACAUGAUUUCCAGACAUAUUCAACACAGCUGCAAAUUUCUUAUUGUCGGUGGAGGUUCUGGAGGAUGUACAAUGGCAGCUAAACUCUCAAAGUACGAAAGGGAUGUAAUCAUGCUGGAGCCAAAUGAAAAACAUUACUAUCAACCAAUGUUUACGUUGAUAGGUGGAGGUAUGAAAACCCUUUCACAAUCUUAUUGUUCUACCAAAUCACUCAUUCCAAAGAAUGUAAGUUGGAUCCAAGACAAAGUUCAUAGUUUUAACCCAAAAAAUAAUAGUGUAACUAUUUCAAACGGGGAUACAAUUCAUUAUGACUAUAUGGUUGUGUCGGUUGGAUUACAAUUAAAUUAUGAACAAAUCACUGGCUUAAAGGAAGCUCUUGAUUCUAAAGAUAGUGGUGUAUGUACCAACUAUUCAUCUCAAUAUGUAGAAAAAACUUAUCAAGUACUACAGAAUUUCAAAAGUGGAAAUGCAAUAUUUACAUUACCUAAUACACCAAUUAAAUGUGCAGGAGCUCCUCAAAAAGUUAUGUAUAUUACUGAAGAUUAUUUGAAAAAAAAAGGGAUAAGAAAUAAAGCCAAUAUUAUGUAUAAAACAUCCACACCUGCUCUAUUUUCAGUCAAAAAAUAUGGUCGAAAACUACAGCAAAUAUGUAAUAUGCGUAAUAUUUCAAUUGAGACUAGACAAAAUUUGAUAAAAAUUAAUCCUACUCAAAAAAUAGCAACUUUUGAAUUUCUUGAUGAACCGAAUAAAGUAGAAUCUGUAGAAUAUUCUAUGCUUCAUGUAACACCACCAAUGAGUCCACCAGAUGUUUUAAUUCAAUCAAAUCUUAGCAACAGUGCUGGGUAUUUAGAUGUUGAUCCUUACACACUGCGUCAUAACAUUUAUGGAAAUAUAUUUGGAAUAGGAGAUUGUACAAGUUGUCCGACAUCAAAAACAGUAGCUGCUGUAGCAGCGCAAAGCAAGGUUGUCCAUAAAAACAUGAUAAAUGUUAUAAAUGGUAAAAACAUGGAAGAGAAGUAUGAUGGAUAUACAUCUUGUCCAAUAAUCACCAGUAAUAACAAAUGCAUUUUAGCAGAGUUUAAUUAUGAUUUAAAACCAUUAGAAACAUUCCCAAUUAACCAAGGAAAUGAGUUGCACAGCAUGUUUUUACUUAAAAAAGAUAUUCUGCCAAUUAUUUACUGGAAUUUGAUGCUUAAAGGUAAUUGGAAUGGACCAAAAACGAUAAGAAAACUUAUGCAUUUUGGUCUAUAUUAAAUUGACCCAAUUCAAACAUUUAUAAUGUAAAAACUAUAUAAUCAGUAAUCAAUAGGAAAAUAGUAAUUGUUAUAAUAAUAAUAGUGUCAUAGUAUUUAUCGUUAAGCAAUAUUAAAUGUCUAACAAAUUAUUUACUUUAUUUAGGAAUAAUUGCUUUUCCUUGCAUUUAAAGUUAAUAUUUUAUUUAGCGCUAUCGAAAAUUAAAAACAACAUGAUAAUUAUGAUAUUGAGUAUAACUUAAAAAAGUAUUUCCAAAAACUUUCACAAAGAAUUUAAAAGAUAUAGUUUUGAAUUUUCAUUGUAUU